CGGGCGCCGCCCGCCGCCUCCGCAGCUCCCUCCCUCCCUUCCUCCGUCUCGGCGGGCGCAGGGCCGGGGCAUGGAGGCGGCCGCUGCCGGCGCGCCGCCGCCCGGUGCUGCUGCUGCGGCGGCGGCAGCCGCUGCUCGCGGGUCUGAGCCGCCGCCCGGGGCCGCCGCCGCCCCUCCGCGCCGGCUGCUGGCGCUGCUCGGGGCCAAGCUCUGCACCUGGCAUAUUCUGAAAACAAUAAUUCUGGGCCAGAUGCUCUCCUUGUUUAUCUGUGGGACUGCUGUUACAAGCCAGUAUCUAGCAGAACAAUACCAAGUGAAUACUCCAAUGUUUCAAAGUUUUAUCAACUAUUCUUUGCUGCUUCUAGUUUACACAACAAUGCUGGCAUUUAGGACUGGCAGUGACAGUCUUUGGCAAAUUUUGAAACAGAGGUGGUGGAAGUAUAUUUUUUUGGGACUGGCUGAUGUUGAAGCGAAUUACAUGAUUGUAAAAGCCUACCAAUACACGACCCUCACAAGUGUGCAGCUGCUGGACUGUUUCGGGAUUCCUGUGCUGAUGGCUUUGUCGUGGUUCAUUCUCCGUGCAAGAUACAGGCUGAUCCAUUUUCUUGCUGUUGCCGUCUGUUUGCUGGGUGUAGGAACAAUGGUGGGUGCAGACAUUUUGGCAGGGAGGCAGGACAGUGAAGGUAGUGACGUGGUGAUUGGAGAUGUCUUAGUGCUUCUUGGUGCUUCUUUGUAUGCCAUUUCUAAUGUGAGUGAGGAGUACAUUGUGAAAAAUCUGAGCAGAGUGGAGUUUCUAGGAAUGGUGGGCUUGUUUGGGACUGUUAUCAGCGGUCUACAGCUAGCCAUUGUGGAACAUAGGGAGAUAAUGAGAAUUCAGUGGAACUGGAAAAUUGCAUUACUGUUCACAGUCUUUGCCCUGUGUAUGUUUGGGCUGUAUAGCUUCAUGCCAGUAGUGAUUAAAGUUACCAGCGCAACCUCAGUCAACCUGGGUAUUCUGACUGCGGAUCUCUACAGUCUGUUCUUUGGGCUUUUCCUCUUUUUCUAUAAGUUUUCAGGUCUUUAUAUCCUGUCCUUCGUUAUCAUCAUGGUGGGCUUCAUCUUGUAUUGCUCCACUCCAACUCGGACAGCAGAACCCACUGCCUUGCCACAGCCUGGCAGCACUGGCUUGGACAACGCUGCACUAAAGCUCGAGGAGAAUGACAGUGAAACUCCAGCCAUAACUGUACAGUUCACAAGAGGAGAAGCUGUGGUGGUCAGCACUGAUUAAAGAAAUGGCAACGUUUCAACAUAGAGCUUUUUUUUUAUUUUACUGCCAAAUUUCCCUCAAAUAUUAAUCUGGAGAAUUGUUCUACUGCCAAGGCAUAUGUCAUGCUGCGCUGGUUUUAGUGCACUGGAUAGACUUUUAAGGCCAGCUCCUCAAUCAGUGAAACUGUAUUGAUUUACCCUUGAAGAAAAUCUGGCCCUUAGAAGAAGACAGAGUAGUAUUUAUGUGGAGUCUCUGGAAAGUGAGAGACACUUCUUUUUAAAUGCUUAAUUAACUUAACAGCAAAUGCCUGGGGGGGGAAACUAAGCCAAAGCAAGCUCCCAGGUCACUAAGUGGAGCAAAUAUGUUUUAUAUUGCAUUAGGGACCUAAAUGUGCAAGAUGCUAUCUGAGGGCUCCAUGGUUCCCACACCUCAGUGCUGAGUACCCUCAAAUAGGAUCAUGCAAAAGCCAGUCAGCUUCUCAUGGGAUCUAGUUCUGCAAGCCAUAUUACAUACAUACACCUUCCAUGUGCUGAUGGACUUACUCCUCCACUGGAGGAUUUGCUUCUUACAUUGCACGUAGAUGUUCAUCUCUUCAUAUUGCUGCACUCCCUGUCGCAUCUGGGUCUGCUACAAGUAUUUUAUUUUGAAUUUUGCUGGUAAGGGAAGUUUGAAUAUGUGUUUUUAUAAUCCCUUCUUUUUCUGUCAGUGGCCUGUUGUUUGGUGCAUUCCCACUAGGUGGAGGAGACAAAGUGAGGCCCUUGCUCAGUUCCGUAAGAACUGGACGUUUUUUCUACAUCAGACAGCUAAAGGGUUUGAAGUGAAGCUCACUUCUCAGUGAAUUUCUCUCUGAAAUGGGACACAUUUCUGCAUAAAGAGUUGAAUACAAUUGGCAUUUCAUAAAAAAUUGAAGCAUCUUAGCCAAUCCUCAUGGCAACAAUAAUGACAUAAUCUCCAAAAGGUUAAGUGCUUUCAGUAGAUUCAUUGGCAGUUUUCCUCCCCCUCUUUCUAUUUACAGUAAAUGAUUAAAAAAAUACGAGGCUGCGGUUUUAACAUCAGUAAAACCAUACUGGGAUUUUAUUUUAUUUUAUUUUUUUGUACAAGCCUUCAUAGCUCUAGGUGUAUGAAGCAACAAAAUAAUAAAGUUUUCAGCAGCUGAA